AUGAAUAGCGAUGCAGCCGGAACGUCAGCAGAAGGCUUGGCCAACGAUCGAGCCAUUGGUUUUGACGAUUUUGGUGUUGAUUACAUAACAGACGAGGUAGAUGGACAGCAAAUGAAUGAUAACGUUGCUUAUAACAUGGUAUGUUGUGUUCAUUUUUCUUAUUUACGGAAUUAGGAGAUUCGAGGGGCUGAAGACGGACUAAUGGGACACCCGUUGGAGAGUUUCGAUGAAAACCUUGAAAUGCAUGGUCAAUAUUAUGAGAUGGACGACAAUAUAAUGAACGACAACGGUAUGAUGCCCAUGCAGGAGAGCAGAUUCUUACUGAACACGGAGCUUGGGAAUAUCUCGGUAUGUUUAAGGUUUCAGCUAUAUUAUUGUUGCUUUAAUAUUCAUUAUAACAUUUUAAUGUUCUCAUUAUCUGGUGAAAUAAUUCUUUACUUCUUAAUGUUUUAAGGUAACACGGGACGACUUGAUCUCAGUUGGAGUGGAUGUUACGGACCCCAACAAUAUCAAUGUCACGGCUUCUCAAUCGGAUGCUCUAUUCUCCUUAUGUCAAGAUCGUGGUGAUAUUAUCCAACCGGAGUACAACGAGUUCGAGAUGAUGAAUGACAUGGUGUAUCCACCAUCAUUAAAGCCAGAACAACAUGAAACCGAAACGUAUUUUGAGGAUAAUGUUCCUGGACCAUCAACUUCUGGUAUGCAACUUGAUCAAGGUAAAAACGACGAGUUGUUCGUUUAUAUCACGGAGGAAGGUAGUAUAACACUGAUGGGGAAGAACGGACGAUGUGUUGGAACGGUAAGAACUCUUUUCUUUUGGGAUUUAUAUUUGCAUGCUUCUUAUGAUUUCGUUAUUUUAAAUGUUACCAAAACUAUUCAUAAAAAAGAUUAUUUAUGUUAUAACACGUUUCAGUAUCAUGCAGACGAACUCCGUGAAAUGGGAAUAACCGAUCCGACGACCUUGAGCGAAGCAGAAAUGCAGACUCUAGUUCAGAACCUUGGUCACAGUGACGACGUUCCAGUCAGCAGCAUUACCUACACAGCAAGCCCAGCUCCGUUAGUGCCUUAUCAACCAGAACCUGUGCCAAGGCCUCGUGCUCAUCCAUCACGUGCUAAACCGCGUAGUGAUGCUGAUGGGCACAUUGGAGAAGUUGUUGAUAUUGUUAAAGGGAAAUUAGGACCUCGGAAAGCUGUCAUCAGAUAUUGUAGGAAUAAUGGGACCUAUAAAGUACAGUAUGAUGUAAGUUUUGGUGGACGAAAGAUUAACAUUGAAAACUGAACUUAAUAUGAUAAAAAUGAUCAUUUUAUAUUUUAGGACGGACGCUUCGAAUGGGUAAAAGAAUCGGAAAUUCAAAGGAAAGCCAAAAAUAAAACGGUUGAGAAGGUGAAGGUCCAACCAGGCCGCAAACGACGUUUCGUAUCAAAAACAUGCGGUAAAUAUUAUUGUUUAUCUACUCUCACAAAUGAAGCCCUAACAUUAAAUUUCAUGCCCAAAAACCUUUAUAUAUUUCCAGAAACCCCAGACUACCACGCAACAUCAACAGGUGUAAUCGAAAAGCCGACAUUGAUCCAUGCCAACUCGGGUUACUGUGCUUUAUGUGAUAAAAAGAUCCACAACUCUCGUCCGGCCUUUAUUGUGAUGCGAAUCCCAGCAUGCAGGUGUUGUGCAGAGAACAACGCACUUCUGGUGGAGGAUGUUAUAGCUCCAGUUCAAGAGAGAUCACGAACAUGCAGUGUGAACAAAGGCACUUCCAGAAGCAGGAAUACUUCAGAAACCAAUCUAGUGUUAUUGAAGGAGCCAAAGUUGAUAAAACUGAGUAAAGAUCCACAGGUUGUUGUUAAUCAUGGUCAUCAAACUCCGCCCGAACUUUAA